UCUAAUGAGCGUGCCUGAUUUAUCUACAGCAUGAGUUCUUAGAUGUUAUUUAACGUCUCCAGAGAUGGCUCCAGUUUGAUUCGCACUCUCUGAAACCGCCCAGUCUCCACGUGCAUAAUUUACAGCCACUCGGAAGUUUUAAAACAUUUUUUAUGAGUCCUUCGCUGCUGCUGGGAUGGAGUUAUUGGAAGAGAUGCCCGACACUGGGUAUGGUUGUGCCGUGACUAAUCGCUUCGGGCAGCUUUUUGAUGACGAGUCGGAUCCUUUUGACGUCCUGUACCAGGCACAGGUGGAAAAGGAGCAAAAGAAAAAGAAAGACGAUCAAAAGAAGACCGCUGUCUCUUCUGCAAAAACGGGCAAGAAGGAGUCUCAAAGAGAAAGAAAGACUCCUUGUCUUACCGGUGGUGAUGUUGACAGCGCUGCACAUGUUAGGGGUACACAAGGCCCAAAGCGCCCUGUUCGCGCUCAAGCUGAGGGUCCAGGUGAGAGACGCGCUGGCCUUGCUGAACCCAGGUUUAAUGAUGGAGAGAAUUCCCUUGGGUACUCCAUCGAGAGGCCUCUAGAAGCUUUUGAUAGAGCUGGACGAGGUAGAAGCAGUGGAAGGGGACGUGGUGCCCGAGGUGGAUAUCCCAGGUCCACGGAUGGCUUUGAUCCCAGGGGCAAGAGGGAAUUUGAGCGCCAUAGUGGUAGUGAUAGAGCGAGUGUUCGCCCCGAGGAAAAGAGAGGGGGCAGUGGUCCUCGCAACUGGGGUUCCAUGAGGGACCAUGUGAGCAGAGUGGAGGCUGCUGCUGCUGCAGUACCUAAUGAGGAGAGUGGUGAAAGUGAGGAAGUUCCUGAAACAUCUGAGACUGAUGCAGAGAAUGGGCCUCUUGAGACUGAAGAAGUGAUUGAAGUUGCUAUAGAGAUGACUCUAGAUGAAUGGAAGGCCCUGCAGGAGCAGAGCAAACCAAAGACGGAGUUUAACAUCCGUAAGGCGGACACCAAGGUUCCACCUAAGGCUGUAGUGAUUCACAAGUCCAGGCAAAUUGAGGAACAUGCAGACGAUAUCAGUGAGGAGAAUGUCGCCUUCCGGCGUCCUGCUAAUGACAUCACCUUUCAAAUGGAGAUAAACUUUGGUAGCCUGGCUCGGCCCACUCGAGGGGGAAGAGGUGGGCGUGGGGGCCGUGUUCGUGAGGUAGCAGCCUCCCAAAGAUCACCCCAGAAAUUUGUUGAAUUGGCUCCGAACCCAGAUGACCCAGAGGAUUUCCCUGCUCUGACCUAGUGUGCUGACUGCUGCUGAAUGUGCUCUCUUGGAUCAGAAUGAUGCCAAAUGAACCAAAGUCUCUUGUGAUUUUGCUCUGAUCUGCUCUGGGCAAAUCAGACUGCACUUAAGGUUGUAAAAAUAAAAAGAUUACUAAAAAAAAAUUAAACAGAUUUGUUCAAUAAUCCCAGGGCACUGUGUCUUUCCCACCACACCGGAUUAUUGGAAUAUGAUGUUUAGGCACUCUAUUGUGAUGGGUCUAGUAGUUUUCACAUUUAAGAAAAUAAA